AAUUGGUAGCGUAUUCUCAGCUUUGUCAGCAGCAGUUUUCGACAGGGGAGCACGGGACGAUGACACGGUUGAUCGGGUAAACCACAUGGUUAUGUAUGGCUUACUAGUCUUCCUAGGGGUGGCCUCUGGAACUAGGCAGUAUGUGGGGUCAGCCAUCUAUUGCUGGUCACCGGCCGAAUUUACAGAGAAAAUUCACAGACGAUACAUACACCACUACUGCUUGGGUCAGCAAAAUGUACAACUAGCAUUGUUCCUUUUUCUGGCUGUUCUGUUCCGAGUGCCACAACUUCUCUGGAAACAACUGAACAAAGCCUCGGAUGCAAACAUGCAGCUAAUCGUAGGAAUGACAACAGACACUGUUUUCAUGGACCAGAAUACAAGGGACGAACAGUUGCGUCGGGUUGCUGAAUACUUCCAUCGAUGGAUCACUACAGGAACGCCAUCUAGCAGGUUUCUACAUUGCUAUUAUUUUACUGUCUUGCGUGCAUUUUGUUGCAAUGUUUAUCUUUAUACAUCCACACUUUAUUUUCGUUUCUUCAUUAUCUCCGCUUUUCUCAAGACCAACUUCUGGAAGUUUGGUUUCCACGCUAUGACAUCUUAUAUACGAUCCGGCCAAUGGGAAGACGAAUACAACUUUCCUAGGGUCACCCACUGUGACGUGAAGAUCCGGCAGCUAGAGAAUGUACACACUUACACAGUCCAGUGUGUGCUGGCGAUAAACCUCUUCUUGGAGAAGAUGUUUCUUUUGUUGUGGUUCUGCCUAAUGCUUAUGUUAUUCGUGAACGCCAUAAGUUUUGUCAAGUGGCUUUUUCUGCUCGCAAAUGAAUCGAGAAGCAUACUUUUUCUGUGGAAGUUUUUCGGAUCUUUCUUGUCUAGUCGUCACACAACAUUUGAUGAUCGCAGAAAGUGCCUGGUCAUGUUAAGGCGGUACCUGAAGGCUGAUGGCUUGUUUGUUAUUCAGAUGGUUUCGGUGAAUACAACAGACAUGUUGACCAUUGACCUAGUGCGACAGAUCUGGCUUCGGUAUAAGACUUCCUGUGAAGAAGGCUCCAUGAUGAUUUCAAGAGAUGGUAUAAAGCUGAAUGGACACAGUGUAUCGAAUCUCAAUGAUAGCGAUGAUGAGUAA